GGGCCGCAGGUGCUGCCGGGAAGGGCGACGUGUUGGAAGCCGGGUCAGUUGGCAGGAUGACUGGACUUCAAGUGUUCCCACUUUCCUGUGUGGUUCAACAAUAUGCCUGGGGGAAGAGGGGCUCCAGCAGCGAAGUGGCGCGGCUGCUGGCCAGCAGUGACCCGCUAGCCCAGAUCUCAGAGGACAAGCCAUAUGCAGAGCUGUGGAUGGGAGCACAUCCCCGGGGGGAUGCCAAGAUCCUUGAUGACCACAUCUCACAGAAGACGCUGGGCCAGUGGAUUGCUGAGAACCAGGACUGCUUGGGCUCAAAGGUCAAAGAUGCCUUUAAGGGCAAGCUGCCCUUCCUCUUCAAAGUGCUCUCGGUGGAAACAGCCUUAUCCAUCCAGGCACACCCCAACAAGGAACUAGCAGAGAAGCUGCACCUCCAGGCUCCACAGCACUACCCUGAUGCCAACCACAAGCCAGAGAUGGCCAUUGCACUCACCUCCUUCCAGGGCUUGUGUGGCUUCCGGCCUGUGGAGGAGAUCCUGACCUUUCUGAAGAAGGUACCCGAGUUCCAACUUCUGAUUGGGGAUGAUGCAGCCACACAGCUGAGGCAGAGUGGGAGCAGUGACCCCCAGACGGUGGCCUCAGCUAUACGCAGCUGCUUCUCCCACCUUAUGAAGAGCGAGAAGAAGGCAGUGGCAGAGCAGCUUAAUGUGCUGGUGAAGCGCAUCUCCCAACAAAUGUCAGCUGGGAACAACAUGGAUGACAUUUGUGGAGAGCUCCUGUUGCGGCUGCACCAGCAGUACCCAGGGGACGUUGGCUGCUUUGCCAUCUACUUUCUGAACCUGCUCACCCUGAAGCCGGGGGAAGCCAUGUUUCUGGAAGCCAAUGUGCCCCAUGCCUACCUGGAGGGAGAUUGUGUGGAGUGCAUGGCGUGUUCAGACAACACAGUACGUGCAGGCCUGACGCCCAAGUUCAUUGAUGUGCCAACCCUGUGUGACAUGCUCAACUACACCCCCACUCCUAGCAAGGACAGGCUCUUCCCCCCAUUGCAGAGUCAGGAAGACCCCUAUCUCUCCAUCUAUGACCCCCCUGUGCCAGACUUCACUGUGAUGAAGAUGGAGGUCCCCAGCUCCGUCACUGAAUAUAAGGUCUUAGUGCUGGACUCUGCCAGCAUCCUUCUGGUGGUGAAGGGGACAACGACAGCCAGCUCACCCAUGACCCAAGCAGCCAUCCCCCUACAGUGUGGUGGGGUGCUCUUUAUUGGGGCCAAUGCAAGUGUCACACUGAAGCAUACUGCACCCCAGGACCUGGUCCUAUUCCGGGCCUGCUGUCUCCUGUAGCAGCCACAGUCUCCCCAGCCAUCCCCUGCUGGUCACUGGUCUAAGCCUCUUCCUGCUGUACAGUCUAGG